GCGGCUCCUAAUUGAGGGCUGAAACUAAGGAGGCCGCCAUACUUAGUAAGGCAUGACGGUCCGGUCGGAGGACUUCCGGUACCCAAGUUCGGGGAUCGGGCCCUAGAGUCCCGGGAAAUCCUUCGAUCGGCGAUUCUUCGUCCUACACAGGCGCCGGGAGUGAGUCGUCAGUUUCUGAAUUCUACCUUCUCCCACCUCCCACGCGUCUUCCGCCGGCAAGUUUGUGAGCUGGUUGAUGGAUUUCGGCUUGAACUGCUUCGCGCCCCGGGGAAUGGUAUCACGAUCCGCCGUUUUACAAUUGAAGAACUGAAGAGGCCUGGAAACCAAGACUAGAGAAUUGGAUAUCAGAUGGAUUUCCCUGACAAUCUCUUUCCCACAUUCUUUUUGCCUGGCCCCCCUGGCCAGAAUGACUCCCCUGGCUCUUUCCUGGCUCCUGCUUGGAGUGACUAUAUGCAGCUGUUGAAGCCCCCCCAGACCCAAGAUCCUUCGGUCAGCCCCCAACAUGAGGCAUCAUAUGUGGCAAAGUGGGGAAGAUGGACUUCUGACACUCCUGGACCUCUCCCCUUUCUGCACCCUGGUGCUGAUCCCUGGGACCCUGAGCUGACAUCCCAAGAUCUGCUUUUCCAGGGCAGAUGGAGGCAUCCAUCCAGAGCCAGAGUGACCGUAGAUGUGAUAGAGCAGCUCAACCAGUUCUUGUGGGAUCAUGGGGACAUUGCCUUCGGACCCCUAGGAAGGCUGCUGCAGGAGAAUUUUAACCUGGGGGAAACAAAGAAAUCCUGCAAGGGCAGAAAGGUGAUGAAUGCAGAACGGUUGCUCCAGGACCUCAGUGGACACCAGCCCAAGGGGUGCCCCUGGGCCCACUUGAGCACCCGUCAGCGACGCUUCUCCCUUGUAGGGGGUGCAGUGCUGGGCCAGGAAGUAGAAGGUCUGCUUGGUGGGCUGCUGCAUGAGGAGCUCGAGUCACGCUGGAAGAAGCUGCUGCUGGACGAAGCUUCUACAGGGGGUGCUCUGGGUUGGCUCCCUGGGGCCAAACCCCAAGUCGGGCAGCUGAUCUACCCCACUGGGAGAGCCCACAACCAGCUGAAUUUCCAGAAGGUCAGACUGUCUCCUACCAGCAAUCCCCAAGCCCUGGGGGAGCCCAUCCGAGUCCUGCUCCGGGGCCCAGUGCGGCAAGUGGUGACCCGCACUAUCCAAGGGGAAGCUCUGGUAGCUGUUCGCUCUGAUCACCACUGUGCUGUGUGGCAGGUCAGUCGGCAAGGGCAUCCUGAACCCCUCCAGGUGCUGGACACGGAGAAGGGAGCCACAGGAAUCAGCCUCAGCCCUCAUCUUCCCGCAGAGCUGGCCGUCUGCACUCGUUCAGGAGCUGUCUGUCUGUGGAGCCCCCGGGACGGGCUGCAGCAAAUACACCAUGACCCCGAGACCCUCAUCUUCAAGGACCCCUCGAAGUGGCGCUGGGCAGACUUCACAGCUCACCCCCGGGUGCUGACGGUUGCCGACCGCACUGGCAUCAGACUCACGGAUGUUCGGGGUCCUUCAGACUGCAGGGCGCUCCUUUUUCGUGUGGGGGCAGAAGCCUCGUGUCAGCGAGGGGAGCGCGUCCUCCUGGCCCAGUCCUUGGGGACGUCUGGUCCUGUCUCCCCGAGUCCCACCCUCCACCUUGUCUGCACGCAGUUCUCCCUCUACCUGAUGGAUGAGCGUUUACCUCUCGUGCCAAUGAUGAAGUGGAACCAUGGGCUCAUGUCCCCUCCGCUGCUGGCUCAGCUGCUGCCCCCACCCCAGCCUGGGGCACCCCUUCCCUUGCUGCUAGGAGGACUUGGGGGCCACCUACGGAUGCUGCAUCUCUCAGGAGGCUCCGCUUGUACCCCUCAGCUUGCAGCCCCACCACAGUCGCUUCCUUCACCAAUCGACUCCCUCCCUGGCUUUCCGGAGCUUGAGCCACAUGGUCAGCAGCUGCUGCAGGAGCGUCUCAAGGCUCCUCUCACAGGCUUGGUUGCUGUCGUACCGCCACGUUGCCUCAAUCCCACCAUGUUGCUGUUCCAACUUUCGGCCGCCGGAGACACUUUUUAUCAGCGCUUUUGGCUCCAGCCAGAUGCCAACUCUGAAGAUGCUGACUCUCUCCGAAAUGCCAACUCUUCUAGUGACCACACUGGUGACCUGGGCCUCAAUUCUCACGACCAGACUUCUGCUACUGGGUCCUUGGACGCAGCCCCUGACCCCAUGGCUGUUUCCUGGAAUCCCCAGGCUGUUGCCUGUUGCCGCCGUUGGUUGAAGACUCUGUUACAGGCUCCCCCGGCCCUCCCUCCCUGGACACCCCCUACUUUCUCCCAACAUCAUCUCCGAUGGUCGAGGGAGGAAGAAGCGAAAGGAAAGGUCCAAGAGGGCCUGCAGGCCGCCAUGACUGAAGAUCGGCUCCUGCAACAAGGGGACCUGGACCCACUCCCUCCCUCAGAUCCUCCCCCUGGCCAUGAACCCUUUGGUCCUGAGGACAAGUUGAGUGAACGUUUGGAAGCGUCCUGGGAGGGGAAGGGAGCCCUUUGGUGGGACAGCCAGCAAAGUGGCUCUCGGGCACCCAGAAAGCGGCAUUCACGGGAGAAGAAGCGGACUCAGCUUUCCAGCUCUUUCUCCUCUGUCAGAACCAAUUCUGACUUCUCUGACCUCAACAGUUCCUUCCACCAUCCCCAUGAGACUCCUAGCCCCAUCCAUAGGCCAUCUGAAGCUUCUCAAUCUCUGGAGCCAUCGCAGGAGCUCUGGGCCAAAAGUGUACCCCGUGAGCGGCGGCAGACACUUCGAGAUUACCUUGCAGUCCUCCCUUCUCUUGACUCUGAAAGCUGUUCUGCACCCCAGUCCCAGGAUCUAGGCAGCCAGACCUUCCCCACUUCUGACACAGGAAGACGUUCUGUGCCACAUUCCCAGAAUCUGGGUAGCCAACCCCUCUAUUCCCUUGACCCAGGGUUCAGCUCUUUAUCACACUCCCAGAAUUCAAGCAUCCACACCCUUCCUUCCCGAUCCACUCCUUCCCUUGCAGGCUCACAGCCCCUCAAGAAGAAACCCCGCAUGGGCUUCUAAGGACAUUUGUGGGUCGUAGGAUCCUCAGACAUCUCUGGAACUCGUGAUAUUGUAGAUUUGGAAUGGGACAUUUCCUUAUUUACAGAUGGGGAAACUGAGGCCAGAAAGAAUCACACCAAGUGUUCAAUCAAUGAUCAUUACUCCAUGAUACCUCCUCUGUAACUUGCAGAAUUGGCAAAGCUCACUCUUUUAUCUGGCUGCACCCAGCCUCCACUGCUAGGCAGUCUGAUCAGUCUUGGUAUUCAGGAAAAGUUUUUGAUGCACCUUACCUUGUUUGCUUUAAUACUAAUCACUCAUGGGAGCUCACUGUAAGGCACCCUCUCUUGAUGUCCCAGUUCUGACACCAUCUCAGUGAUCACUGAAACUGGGGGGGUCAGUAUUUAUACCAUUUAGCCUUGGAUAUUUGUUUUUCACAGUGACCAGAGCCAAUUGGGGAAAUGUCCCCCCGGAGACACAUGGACCCUCUACAGUUAGCUGGGAUAUUGACCAUUGUGGAGCUUUUAAAAAGAGUCACUCUUAACUUUUAAGUCUCUGUUUCACCAGGGAAAACAUAAAAAUUUGAAGGAGGGACUUUGGAGCCAAGGCAGAAAAGGGUUUGAAUGAGGAACUGUCUUAUAGCUGCUGCCUUAGGCUUCUCCAUUGAUGUCAUCUCAGGUUCCAAACCGAGUCUUUUAAAUUACACCCUUUUUACUGUGGGCUGCCUCUCUUCUUCAAAGUUAUCUACUGAUCCCCUCUCUAUGACUUCGGAGCUAAUGACUGUAUCAUAAAGACUGGAAACUUCCCCAUCAUCUGCCUUUCAGACAUGGGCACCUAGCACAAGUGUCUCCUUAUAUGUCUAAGCUGACUGUCUAAUCCAUACUCUUGGACGUCACCAGAGGUUAAUAACAAAGGGAAAUGGUGAGAUGUACAAGGGACUGAUUGACUAUUACUUAAAGAUACAAAAUUUUACUGGGGGAAAAAGGUCUUAUGUGAAUUAUCAUCCCUUAAAGAAACCAAAAGGAUAUCCUAAUUUUAAAACUCAAAAAUGUGUUUUUGUCAUCAUGGAAUCCUUGUGGAAUGACUUUGCCAUAGGCAAAGAAUUGACUGGAAGACCAAAAGAUAAAGGGAUACUUCUUUGGGAAAUCAAAUCAAAUCAAAGCUGACUUUGGAGGAGGGCAGAGACCUUAUGCCGGCUUACAUUUUCCAGUGUCUAGUGAAUAUUUACAUAUUACAUGUUAUAAUUCAAUAUUACAAUAAAUAAUUGCCAAGAAAUAAUCUAAUUAUAGAAAUUCCCAACUAAUGACAAAAUGCAUAAAAUAUGUGAUAAAUAAAUACAACUAUAAAACACUCCAUGUAGCUAAAGUCAAAUAAAUGAAGAGUUGAUUUAUCUUUAGGCCACCCCAACGUUAUAAAAAUGCCAUUUACAUUAUUUAUUGGAUGCAACUCAAAAAGGUUCAUCUCCAAUAAAGUGCAAUGACCCACAUUGGC